CUACUCCUCCACGAUACAAUGCUGUAGCGGGUAGAGGCGAGCUGAGUCCGGAUAGCGUGCAACAUUUGGGGUCGACAAGCGGAAGCCAUGGCGGGCGAGCGAGCCGGAGGAGAUAACCUGGGCCACAGAAAGGUGGAUGACGUUUCCCUCUCUGAUUGUGGAGCAGUGGAGUGGCGGCCUCCCCACGCCUGCUCUCCACUACUGUCGAGCGGUGACCCGCGUCGCUGUGCAAGUGCAGAAGGGUGGACAAUCCCCGACCGUGUUCCGCGAUCGAGCUCCGUGAUUUCCGCCCCGGCAUCUCAAGGUGAUCGGACCGAGGUGGGCAUCGGGGUCCCCGGGUCCGGGUAUUCCACUACGACAGAUACACAAAUGCGGCGCGCGACAUCUUCAGCAUCCUCAACAUCCAUCAUGAUCAGAAACGGCGCGCGCGUGCUGCGAACGACAAGACUGCGACAACUCGGGCUGGCGGUGGCGGCACGGCCACGACUUGUGUGCUCCCCCCGCCAGCUCCAGCCCGCUCUCCACACAUACUCGAGCACUGCGGCGGCGGUUGCCCCUACACAAACAACGGCGAAGGCAGCCGACCCCUCCAAUCCGCUCAACCUGCUCACACCCGAAGAAUGCGAGGCGCUCCUCACCGCCCCCGGCAGCCCAUAUGAGCUCGAGAUGCGCGAAGUAGCUGGGCGCAAGCUCAAGGCGUGGAAGCACACGCCGCGCGACUUUGCGACAUUUAUCCGCAGCAAUAUGGAGCGAUGGGCCGACCGCGAGUUGCUGAACACGCCAAUUGCCGCCCCCGAGCCCUUCGAGGCGCGCGAGAGCGUAACCUUUGGUGAGGCGUAUGAGCGUGCAGCGACGAUCGCCGCGCUGCUCCGCGAGCGCGGAAUUGGCGUCGGCGACCGCGUGGCUGUCGGAGGCGUCAACUCGACCGGAUGGGUCGUGUCCUGUCUGGGCGUGCAACUGCUCGGCGCUGUACCUGUUCUCCUAAACAACGGGCUCGUAGGGGAAAGCCAGGUGCACUGCCUCAAGCUCACGUCACCCAAGUUUGUGCUUGUCGACGACAAGCUCGCGGCACAGAUUGGGACGGAGAAGAUCGAGGGCGUCGGGCCAGUCUGGUGCUGGGGCCCGACAGGGCAUCUGAGCGCCGAGGUGCAGGAGGCUGUGACGGAAAUAUCCAGCAUGCAAGCUAGACCGCAGCUCGUGGCGAGCGUGAAAGCCGGCGAGGGUCUUGAAAACCUCGGGCCCGACAGCGACAGCAUUGUUUUCUUCACGUCGGGCACGACGUCGCUGCCCAAGGGCGUGCUGGUGACUCAACACCAGGCGCUGCACAUCAUCCACUCGUCGACGUAUCAGAACGCGCGGACGACGCUGCGUCUUGGAGCUCCCGUCUCCGAGGCGCUCAAGGCAUACGACCCCAAGCCCGACGGCGUCGCCAUGCUUUCCAUUCCCCUCUUCCACGUCCAAGGCACACUAACAUGGCUCAUGGUCGCGCUGCACAACGGCUCCAAGCUCGUCUUCCUGCGCCACUGGUCCGUCCCGACCGCCGUCAAGCUCAUGGUGGAGCACCGCGUGGGCCGCAUUGGUGGUGUGCCCGCCAUCCCCGCCGCCAUCCUUGCGUCACCAGACCUCCCCGCCGACUUUGAGCUUGCGUCGACGACAUACGGCGGUGCAACUCCCCCCAGCGAUCUCGCGCAACGUCUCGUCAAGCGCUGGCCGAAGAUGCUCCCUGGCACAGGGUGGGGGAUGACAGAGACGAGCGCGUUCCACACCGGCUUCAACGGGCAGGAGUACCUUGCCAAGCCACAUGGCGCGGGACAAGCUCUCCCCGUGACGGAGAUCAAGGUUGUUGAUCCCCAGACACGGAAAGAGCUCCCGGCUGGCGAGGUCGGGCUCCUUCUUGCCCGCGGCCAGAACGUCAUGAAGGAGUAUGUCAACAACCCCAAGGCGACGGCCGAGACGAUCGACGCCGACGGGUGGCUCGACACGGGCGACCUCGCAUUCAUCGACUCCUUCGGGGACCUGCACAUGUCCGACCGGGUGAAGGACAUCAUCAUCCGCGGCGGCGAAAACAUCCCCUCGGCGGAGGUGGAGCGUGUGCUCCUCGCCGACCCACGCAUCGCCGAGGCGUCGGCCGUCAGCGUGCCGUGCGACAUCAUGGGCGAGCGUGUCGGCGUGGCCGUCAGCCUCGCGCCCGGCGUGAGCCGCGAAGACGCGACGCCGCUCAGCAUCGCGCAGGCUGCAUGGCCCAAGCUCCGAUACUGCGCGCGCCCGGAUAUCGUCAUGGUUCUCGACCAGCUGCCAUGGAACCCGAGUCAGAAAGUGCUCAAGGGCGAGGUGAAGAAGAUCCUCGGCGCAGAGUGGGAGCGCGUCGGCCGCAAGCCGCUCGUGGAUAGCCGCGACGCCAAGGCGCGGCAGUAGAUUAUCACAAGUAACUACGAGCGGAAGGCACGGUUGGGAUGUCCUUUGGACGGCGAGGCGGUCAUAUGCAUUGCACUGUAAGGUUG